AUGAAAUAAUCAAGAGGAAGGAAAAUUGAUACUUCCAAUUCUGAAUCUGAAAUCUAUUAAAAUUUGGGGCCCAUUCUAAAUAAAUCUGGAAAUGUUAAAUAAUAAUAAAACUCUAAGAAUUAGGCUAAAUCAAAAAGCCAAACAUAAAAGAAAUCUUAAACAAAUCUUAAAAUACAAGAAAAUAAGUUAACCAAAAAAAUGAAAGAAUAUGAAUAAUAAAUCUCAGAACUAAGAUAAUAAUUAUAAGAUGAUUAAGCAAAUUAAUAAUAUAUUGAUAAUUUCAAUAAUACAAAGUAAAUAUUCAAAUUAUUUAAUUCAGAGAAUAAUAUGAAAAACUAAUAUAAACGUAUGAAGAGACUAUUCAUUAACUUAAAUAAACAGAAUUAAAUUUAUUAGAGGAAUUGCAAGGAUAGAGUGAAAUAGCAAAGGAUGCUUUGAAUAAAUUAUAUUAAUUUUAAUAAGAAUACAAUAUUGAACAUGAAUAAUAGAGAUAAAAUUAUGAGUGUAUAUUUGAAAUUAUAUUUAGAAAUGAUAAAAGAAAAAGAGAAAUAAUUAAGUUAAAAAUAUGAACUUUAAUUGAAGUAAUUGGAAAAUAUGAAUUAGCAUUCCAGAAUAUCAGAACCAAAAAUAACUUAAGAACUUUCAAAGAAAUUAAAAGAAAUGACAAAUAAACAAGAAUUUUAUUUAGAAGAAAUAGAGAUUUUGAAAAAUAAAUUAAAUUAAAAAAAGUCUUCUGUUAAAGAGAAAGUAUUUUAAUAUUAUAAAUUUUAGGAGUUAAGAUAAAAAUUAAUUGAUUUAGAAUUAAAAUUAUAAGAUUGGGAUGAUAAUUUAGAUAGAUGCAAAUCAUUAGAAUAUGAAAACACAGCCCUUUAAAGUAAAGUAUAAUAAUUGGAAAAACAGAUUCAGAGAAAAGAAGAUAAAGAGAGAAGGCUAAGGGAUGAAUGGAAUAAAUAAUAUUAAGAUUUGUAAACUGAAGUGAAAGUAUUUUUUUCAAUAUAAUUAGUAUUGGAAAAAUGAAAUGGAUAAAGUUAUAAUGGAAAAUAAUAUUGUACUUUCUAAAAUAACACCAUCUAAGAAAAAAUAUUGAUU